AUAAAAUCAAAUACCAUUUAAUAAAAAAAAUCAAAUAUUUUUUUCACUUCAAUUUUUACAAAAUCAAUUUCUGGGUUUUCUUUAUUAGGGUUUAAAGUUUCAAAAUCUUGAUUAUAAUCAAUAAUCUACAAGUGGGUUAUUAGCGGUGUAUUUUUUCUUGGAUUCUAAAAGAAACUUGGGGUAAAUAUAUAACGUCUUUGGGGGAUGGAUGACCUGCUGUUGCAUAUUUGUAAUCUUAUAUAAAUGAUGUUCGGUGGGCAAAAGGGCGCCACAGCACUCCACCAUUUGAAACAAAAAUUGCUUGGUGAGUCAUCUGUUACAACAUCUAGUUACGAUGUUCCCCCAGAAAUUGAGCUUUCUGAUUACCAACGGGCCCCAAGUCCGGGUAGUGAAAGCCCUUCCGGGCUUCUUAAUGGUGAAAGCUUGAAAGUUGAACCGAUUGCCGAUUUGGAUUUAUUCUUUGAGAGACUUUAUAGCUACUAUUGUGAAAAAGGUCUAUGGUGCAUUAUCAUUAAGUGGAUUGUUGAACUUUUAAGCCUUGCUUUUACCAUAUGUUUCUCGGGUUUUUUCUUGUUAAUUGUUGAUUGGAAUGGUCUACGAAGAGCAAAAUGUGGGAUGGAUGCAGUUGAAUCUGGGAUAAAACCAUGUGAUCUUGCUACGGAGGCUCUUCAUGAACAUCCUUUGACCCCUCUAACGACUUUUAAAGUUGUGAUCCUUGGUUAUCUGGGAAUUACGUCCGUCUAUUGGAUCUUUUGCUUUCUAAGGUUCUUUGUACAGCUGAAGGAUACACUGGACAUACGGCAGUUCUACAAAAACAGUCUUGGUGUGACUGACAAUGAGAUGCAAACCAUGCCAUGGGCAUCAAUUCUUGAGAAGGUUGUUCGAAUUCAAGAAUCACAACAGUUAUGUAUGGUCAAGGAUCUUUCUGCUCAUGAUAUUGUGAUGCGAUUGAUGAGAAAGGAAAAUUACUUGAUUGGAAUGUUGAACAAAGGGGUUCUAGCGUUCCCGGUCCCUUUGUGGGUCCCGGGUGCAGGUCCCUCUGUCAAGAAAGGUCCAAAUGGUACACGUUAUUGCCUAAUGCUGACUAAGACCCUUGAAUGGACUUUAAAUUGGUGCAUACUGCAGAGCAUGUUUGAUAGAAACUUUUGCGUAAGAAAGGACUUUGUUAGUGAUCGCAAUACAUUAAAGAAAAGGCUAAUGGUUGUUGGAAUUGCUAUGCUUCUCCUCUCUCCAUUUCUGGUUGUUUUUAUGCUCGUGUAUCUUUUUCUAAGACACGCCGAACAGUUCUACAAUCAUCCCAGUACAGCUUCAUCUCGAAGAUGGUCAAAUCUUUCAAAAUGGGUAUUUCGGGAAUUUAAUGAGGUCGAUCAUUUGUUCAAGCACCGUAUCAACAGCAGUGUUACGCAUGCUUCAGACUACUUGAAGCAAUUCCCAUCUCCUAUUCUAUCAAUAGUUGCAAAGUUUGUAUCUUUUGUUUCUGGUGGCUUUGCGGCAAUCUUGAUUAUCAUUGCCUUUCUCGAGGAAUCUUUACUUGAAGGCCAUAUUUUUGGGCGUAAUUUGUUUUGGUAUGGAGCCGUCUUUGGAACAAUCACAGCCAUCAGUCGAGCUGCUGUGUCGGACGAGCUUUUAGUACUCGAUCCACAUGGGACUAUGUCACUCGUUGUGCAACAUACUCAUUAUAUGCCUAAAAGAUGGCGAGGGAAAGAAAACACUGAGUUUGUACGAGUGGAGUUUGAAACACUUUUUCAGUAUACUGGAAAGAUGUUGCUAGAGGAGAUGGCCUCAAUCUUCCUAACUCCGUUCUUGCUCAUCUUUAUAGUACCAAAGAGGGUCGAAGAUAUAUUGCAGUUCAUUUCGGACUUCACUGUUGAUGUUGAAGGCGUUGGUCAUGUUUGCAGUCUUAGUUUAUUCGACUUCCGGAGACAUGGUAAUAUCAAGUAUGCAUCGCCCCAUAGCUCAUCAUAUAAUUAUAGAAGUUCCCAAGGGAAAAUGGAGAAGUCUUUCCUAAGCUUUCAGAGUAGUUACCCUUCGUGGGAACCGAACACAGAUGGAAAGCAAUUUCUUUCAACCCUCAAGACAUUCAAGGAGCAAAAGUUUCAAGAACAGGGUAUAAGCCCGGGUUACAUAAGCCCGAACCAAAUGCCUCAAUGGGCUCAAACCUUACGAGGGCAAGGUGACCCAAACAGUUACUUUUCUAGGGAUAUGAGCCCAUACCUCUCAAAAAGUAAUUAUCAAUUGGAUUGUAUGUGGCUUAUUGAUCCCGUUCAGACCCAUCCAUACAUUCUUGACUGGUACUACACUUCUACUCACCAUAAUCAUCAUCAUAAGUCAGUCACACGAGACAUAGAGUCAGGCCCGGUUGAUCUCGAGGAAAGUAUGCCAAACGUUUGGAACCCACCCAACUUGGGUCACAAUCCGGUCCAAUAUGACGAGAACUGGGGAAGCUUUUUCGAGGACCGAUCUGGAAGUGCUCUAGAGGCUUCGACAUCUGCUCCGCUUCUACGUGGAAGUGUUCUACAGCAUCACGACUCGGGUAACAUGGGGCAGACGGGUAGGAGCCACUGGUGGGCCAGGGAUGGUGGCUUACCAGGACCAGGACCUCAAACAAGCUUUCUUGAACCACCAAAUUUCUUCAAGCAGGAUGAUUUCUCAGACUGCCGUGAUAAUUUCUCAGACCGAAGCUUUGAAGAACACGGUCAAGCAUCGUUUGACUGGAGACCCUCAAGUGGGUUAUCGAAAACAUUUUACAUGGACGAUGUUGGAGGAGGAAAGUUCGACCUCCCUUUUGAUGAUAUAUAUGAAAGACGUUCUGAAAGCCCGCCAAGAAGCCCUCAGUAGGAGCUCUUUGCAUAUGUUAAGAUUGAUAGAAUUCAGACCAUUCUGUUUGUGGUUUGAAUUUGUUGCAAAGGAACUCAUAAACAUUCUUUUAUUGUAUAUAUAAUUAGGAAAGUUUAAAGUCUAGAAAACUUUGGUUUGGAAGGUGACUAAGGGUACAGAGUCACCUUAAAACUAAAAAUGAUGUAAACAAGAAACCAGUUAACAAAACUGAUUUGUUGAUCUCAAAAAAUUUAUGGUCUUAAUUGAAGCUUUUUAGGAAAUGUUUAAUGUCA